CUGCCGUUCUCUGCCGCAGUCGGGCGCUCAUCGUCAUUCCGCUCUCGCCGCCGCCGCCGCCCCCGCCCCGCCCCCGCCCGGUCCCCUCCGCUGCCGCCGCCGCCUGCCCAGCGGCCCGGGAGGCGGAGGCGCGGGGGAGGAGGCCCCGCUCGGCUCCGCAGUCCCGGAUGCUGUAUGACUUCAUCCUUCCGCCGGCUCCCCUGCUGAGCUAGGGCCGGUCCGGCAGCUAGCCUCUGCCCGUGCCCCGCCGCAGUCCCUAGCCCGCCCGGUGCCCGCCAUGUCCGAGAUCCUACCCUACGGUGAGGACAAGAUGGGCCGCUUCGGCGCAGACCCCGAGGGCUCCGACCUCUCUUUCAGCUGCCGCCUGCAGGACACCAACUCCUUCUUCGCCGGCAACCAGGCCAAGCGGCCCCCCAAGCUGGGCCAGAUCGGCCGAGCCAAGAGAGUGGUGAUCGAGGAUGACCGGAUAGACGACGUGCUGAAGGGGAUGGGGGAGAAGCCUCCGUCCGGAGUGUAGACGCGCCGGCUCUGGCGGCGGGCUCCGGGCCCAGCCCCGCAGCGGCCAGGAGCACGGGCCGGCGAUGCGGCUGCCGGCGCACCCCCGCCCGGGCCGAGGUGCCUGCGGGCGGGGGCUGCAGGGCCACGCCGCCGCCGCGGGGUCGGUGUUGCUACCGCCGCUGCCAGGCGCUCCGGAGCUGUCCGCUUCAGCACCACGGCGGCGGCGGUAGUGGUGGUGCAGACCAGCCCGGAGCCCGCCGACGCACUCAUGCACUUUAGAACCUCGGGCCGCAGCUCCACCCCGCACACCGGAACCGACACAGAGACCCACGGCCCCCAGCCCGCCCUCUCCCGCACGGCUCCCCCCUGCCCCGCCCCUCCUCCGAUCAAUCUGGUCUGCAGCCCGGGCAGCUGCGGCGGCGUCGGACUGCACGGCCAGGGAGGUUUGGCUGCAUAUUUGCAUGAGCUUCCUACCCACCUCAGCCUAGCCCUCCGGGUCUUUCCUCGACUGUACCCCUGUCUGGCGUGACCCCAGCCUCUUUCUAAGGGACUUCCUCAGCACAUUUGUAUUUUUAUAUCCGAUUCUUUGUUUACUGGCUCCUCUCAUGGUUUGUGCCCUUCCCCCACAGCCUCCGCCAUGCUCUUCUGCGCCUGGCAGAUAGGACAGGUGUUGAGACUGGGAUGGGACAAGCCCCCAACAUGGUAACUAACCACAUGGCCAGUCUGCCCAAACCUGACCCCAGGAGGCUCAUUGGGAGACUCCUCCCUCCCAAGGUAUCACCUUUUAAGGGCCCAGAUCUGAUUUUACCUUGGACCCCUUCAUGCUAUCCCUGGGAACCCAAAUGGGGACUGCUCAGUACCUUUGGAUGACACCUGUGGACCUGAAGAUGUUUUCAACCCAGGGUUGUCCUUUGUAAAAAUGUUUCUCCAUCCUCAAUGUAACAGGAGUGUGUGAAUAAACACAGACCUCCGUGUGUGUGA